GUUAACAGAGCCUUAUACCCUUACUAGCCUGGAUCCAGCCUGUAGCUCCGCCCCCUAAUGACGUCAUCACUAGGGGGGCCGAACUACACAGACCCGCGGGAACUGGAGGGAGAUGAGCCAAGAGCAGCAGCCCCUGAUCAUGUGACUCCUCCUCCUCCAUGUGACUGAUCACCUGACUAUGACAUCAUCGCAGGUCCUGUUAGUACACUUCCUGUACAGCUCUGAGGAAGGAGGUUUCUCCAAUCCAGGAUCCUCUGCUGAUAUCUUCUAUAUAAGAGAAUUCUCCUGGAUGACCCAUCAACCAUGGAGAGAGACAGGAACAAGAUGGCCGACAGGUUCAUAAACCUCACCCUACAGAUACUCUUCCGGCUUACUGGAGAGGAUUACACAGUAGUGAAGAAGUCCUCUAGUGGGCGCUGUUGGGCCCCUGUGUGUGAAGGACGGGGAAGAACCAUGAGCCCAAUCCCGGGGCCCCCACCUCACUCCCUGAUACGUGAGGGAAUGGAUGAACAGAACAUCCUAGAACUCAUCAACAAGAUGAUGGAGCUGCUGACUGGAGAGGUUCCUAUAAGGUGUCAGGACGUGGCGGUCUAUUUCUCCAUGGAGGAGUGGGAGUAUGUAGAAGGACACAAGGAUCAGUACAAGGAUCAGGUCAUGAUGGAGGAUCAGCAGCCCCUCCCAUCACCAGUCAGAUCCAGUAAGAGAACAGCACCAGAGAGGUGUCCCUGUCCUCUUGAUAAGCAGUAUAUGGAGGAUCUUCCUACAGGGAAAGAUCUGUUCUAUAUUAAAGAUGCAGACAUAAGGAAAAAAGAAGAGACAGAUGUGAGCGGUGAUGAGCAGUAUAAGGAGCACAUUCCAACAGGGAAAUAUCUGAUCAAUAUUAAUGCUCCAGACAUAAUAGUAAAAGCAGAAGAGACAGAUGUGAGCGGUGAUGAGCAGUAUAAGGAGGACAUUCCUACAGGUAACUGCCUAGAUGACUGUACCAGGAGAUCAGAGGAGAAUCUUAUAUCUUCAGAUUAUAAAGCAGAUGAUGAUAUCACACAAGAUACAUAUGAAGAACAUUCCAUUAUCCCAGAUACACCCUCAGCCCUUCACAGCCAAGAUCUCUCAUCUCAUCCUGUUAUACAAGUCCGACCUAAAGAUUCAUCUCAGUCUGUUAAACAAAAUAAGGAAAAGCGAUUUUCAUGUCCAGAAUGUGGGAAAUGUUUUAAUCGGAAAUCAAGUAUUGUUAAGCAUCAAAGAAUUCACACAGGAGAGAAGCCAUUUUCAUGCUCAGAAUGUGGGAAAUGUUUUAAUCGGAAAUCAAGUAUUGUUAAGCAUCAAAGAAUUCACACAGGAAAGAAGCCAUUUUCAUGUUCAGAAUGUGGAAAAUGUUUCUCCUAUAGAUCACAGCUUGUUUUACAUGAAAAAGAUCACACAGGAGACAAGCCAUUUUCAUGUUCAGAAUGUGGAAAAUAUUUUCCUUAUAGAUCAAUACUUAUCGCACAUCUAAGAACUCACACGGGAGAGAAGCCAUUUUCAUGUUCAGAAUGUGGAAAAUAUUUUUCUCAGAAAUCAACACUUAUUAGACAUCUAAUAAUUCACACGGGAGAGAAGCCAUUUUCAUGUUCGGAAUGUGAAAAAUGUUUUUCUUUGAAAUCACAUCUUAUCAGUCAUACAAGAAGUCACACAGGAGAGAAGCCAUUUUUAUGUCCAGAAUGUGGUAAAUAUUUUGCUCAGAAAUCAGAACUUAACAGACAUCAAAGAACUCACACAGGAGAGAAGACAAUUGAGGUAGAAGAUAUGAACAAUAUUAAUGUUCCAAAGACAGAUGUGAGCGAUGAUGAGCAGUAUGAGAAGAACAUUCCUACAGGGAAAGAUCUGAUCUAUAUGAAUGCUACAGACAUAAGAGAAGAAGAAGAUACAAAUGUGAGCAGUGAUGAGCAGUAUAUGGAGGACAUUCCUACAGGGAAAGAUCUGAUCUAUAAGAAUACUACAGACAUAAAAGAAGAAGAAAAGACAGAUGUGAGCGGUGAUGAGCAGUAUAAGGAGGACAUUCCUACAGAAAAAGUUCUGAUCUAUAUUAAUGCUACAGACAUAAAGGAAGAAGAAGAGACAGGUGUGAACAGUGAUGAGCAGUAUAAGGAGGACAUUCCUACAGGGAAAGAUCUGAACUAUAUUAAUGCAUCCGACAUGAGGAAAGAAGAAGAGGAGACAGAUGUGAGCAGUGAUGAGCAGGAUACGGAGAACAUUCCCACAGGGAAAGAUACAAUCUAUAUUAAUUCUGCAGACAUAAAGGAAGAAGAAGAGGCGACAGAUGUGAGCGGUGAUAAGCAGUAUAAGGAGGACAUUUCUACAGGGAAAGAUCAGAUGUAUAUUGAUGCUAAAGACAAAAAGGAAGAAGAAGAAGAGGAGACAGAUGUGAUCGGUGAUGAGCAGUAUAAGGAGAACAUUCCUUUAGGAAAAGAUCUGAUCUAUAUUAAUGCUACAGAAAUAAAAGAAGUAGAGACAGAUGUGAGCGAUGAUGAGCAGUAUAAGGAGAACAUCCCUACAGGGGAAAAUCUGAUCUAUAUGAAUGCUACAGACAUAAAAGAAGAAGAGACAAAUGUCAGGGGUGAUAAGAAGUAUAUGGAGGACAUUCAUACAGGUAAAGAUUUGAUCUAUAUUAAUGCUACAGAUAUAAAGGAAGAAGAAAAUACAGAUGUGAGCGGUGAUGAGCAGUAUAAGGAGGACAUUGCUACAAGGAAAGAUCUGAACUAUAUUAAUGCUACAGACAUAAAAGAAGAAAAGACAGAUGUGAGCAAGGAUGAACAGUAUCAGGAGGCCAUUCCUACAAGGAAAGAUUUGAACUAUAUUAAUGCUUCAGACAUAAAGGAAGAAGAAGAAGAGACAGAUGUGAGCGGUGAUGAGCAGUAUAAGGAGGACAUUCCUACAGAUAACCGUCCAGAUGACUGUACCAGGAGAUCAGAGGAGAAUCUUAUAUCUUCAGAUUAUAAAGCAGAUGAUGAUAUCACACAAGAUACAUAUGAAGAACAUUCCAUUAUCCCAGAUACACCCUCAGCCCUUCACAGCCAAGAUCUCUCAUCUCAUCCUGUUAUACAAGUCCAACCUAAAGAUUCAUCUCAGUCUGUUAAACUAAAUAAGGAAAAGCGAUUUUCAUGUCCAGAAUGUGGGAAAUGUUUUCCUUAUAAAUCAUAUCUUGUUAGACAUCAAUUUACACACACAGGGGAGAAGCCAUUUUCAUGUUCAGAAUGUGGAAAAUGUUUUCCUUACACAUCAAAACUUGUUAGACAUCAAAUUACACACACAGGGGAGAAGCCAUUGUCAUGUUCUGAAUGUGGGAAAUGUUUUACUUGGAAAUGCUCUUUUGUUAAACAUCAGAAAACUCACACAGGAGAAAAGUUAUUUUCAUGUUCUGAAUGUGAGAAAUGUUUUACUGAUAAAUCAUCUCUUGUUUAUCAUCAAAGAACUCACACAGGAGAGAAGCCAUUUUCAUGUGCAGAAUGUGGAAAAUGUUUUACUCAGAAAUCAUAUCUUGUUCGACAUCAAAGCAUUCACAGAAGAGAGAAGCCAUUUACAUGUUCAGAAUGUGGGAAAUGUUUUACUCAGAAAUCAUAUCUUGUUCGACAUCAAAGCAUUCACAGAGGAGAGAAGCCAUUCUCAUGUUCAGAAUGUGGGAAAUGUUUUAGUCAGAAUUCAGUUCUUGUUGAACAUCAAAGAAUUCACACAGGUGAGAAGCCAUUUUCAUGUUCAGAAUGUGGGAAAUGUUUUUCCCAUAGAUCACAGCUUGUUUUACAUGGAAAACGUCACAUGGGAGAGAAGCCAUUUUCAUGUUCAGAAUGUGGGAAAUAUUUUACUCGGAAACCAGAUCUUGUUAUACAUCAAAUAACUCACACAGGAAAGAAGCCUUUUUCAUGUUCAGAAUGUGGGAAAUGUUUUACUCAGAAAUCACAACUCAUUACACAUCAAAGAAUUCACACAGGAGAGAAGCAAUUUUUAUGUUCAGAAUGUGGGAAAUUUUUUACUCAGAAAUCCCAUCUUAUUAAGCAUCAAAGAAUUCACAUAGGAGAGAAGCCAUUUUUAUGUUCAGUAUGUGGAAAAUGUUUUACUUUAAAUUCAUUUCUUGUUGAACAUCUAAGAACUCAUACAGAUGAGAAGCCAUUUUCAUGUUCAGAAUGUGGAAAAUGUUUUUCCCUUAGAUCACAGCUUGUUUUACAUGAAAAAGGUCACACGGGAGAGAAACCAUUUUCAUGUUCAGAAUGUGGAAAAUAUUUUACUUAUAGAUCAAUACUAAUCACACAUCUAAGAACUCAUACGGGAGAGAAGCCAUUUUCAUGUUCAGAAUGUGGAAAAUAUUUUUCUCAGAAAUCAAUACUUAUUAGACAUCUAAGAAUUCACACAGGAGAGAAGCCAUUUUCAUGUGCAGAAUGUGGGAAAUGUUUUUCUGUGAAAUCACAUCUUAUCGAACAUUCAAGAAUUCACACAAGAGAGAAGCCAAUUAAGAGCAAUAAAUGGGUGGACGACCUGGAAGGGGCCCAUGACUUUACUAUAUCCUACAUUGCUGACCUGCACGCUACCAUCGCUGCUCAGUCUGAAUUCUUGGGGGACCUGCACUCUCAUGUUGAGGACUUGGACAAUAGGGGCAGGAGUAACAAUAUUAGAAUCCGUGGGCUUCCCGAGGCUACUAGGGACAAAGAUCUACACGCUACUUACCCUCUGACCCAGGUGAGCUCUCAGCAGCUCUCACCUCCUUUACUCUCUCAGUGUAGCUUCCCUACUCUUUCGGUGGCUGAGAGACUCUUUGAAUGCUCCAAUCACCUUGGAGGAGCUUUCAGAGGUCCUAAAGUCUCUUCCUCACAUGACGGUGACAUCACCGCAGGUCCUGUAAGGACACGGCUCAUCUCCUGCUACAGGGAGAAGAUGAACAAUAAUAAUGUUCCAAAGACAGAUGUGAGCGAUAAUGAGCAGUAUGCGAAGAACAUUCCUACAGGGAAAGAUCUGAUUUAUAUGAAUGCUACAGACAUAAAAGAAGAAGAAGAGACAGAUGUGAGUGGUGAUGAGCAGUAUAAGGAGAACAUUCCUACAGAGAAAGAUCUGAACUAUAUUAAUACUUCCGACAUGAGGGAAAAAGAAGAGGAGACAGAUGUGAGCAGUGAUGAGCAGGAUACGGAGGACAUCCGUACAGGGAAAGAUACAAUCUACAUUAAUUCUGCAGACAUAAAGGAAGAAGAAGAGGCGACAGAUGUGAGCAGUGAUGAGCAGUAUAAGGAGGACAUUUCUACAGGGAAAGAUCUGAUGUAUAUUAAUGCUGCAGACAUAAAGGAAGAAGAAGAGGAAACAGAUGUGAGCGGUAAUGAGCAGUAUAAGGAGAGCAUUCCUUUAGGAAAAGAUCUGAUCUAUAUGAAUGCUACAGACAUAAAAGAAGAAGAGACAGAUGUGAGCAAAGAUGAGCAGUAUAAGGAGAACAUUCAUACAGGGAAAGAUCUGAUCUAUAGUUAUGCUACAGACAUAAAAGAAGAGACAAAUGUGAGGGGUGAUGAGCAGGAUAUGGAGGACAUUCCUACAGGGAAAGAUCUGAUCUAUAUUAAUGCUACAGAUAUAAAGGAAGAGGAAGAAGAGACAGAUGUGAGCGGUGAUGAGCAGUAUAAGGAGGACAUUCCUACAGGUAACCGUCCAGAUGACUGUACCAGGAGUUCAGAGGAGAAUCUUAUAUCUUCAGAUUAUAAAGCAGAUGAUGAUAUCACACAAGAUACAUAUGAAGAACAUUCCAUUAUCCCAGAUACACCCUCAGCCCUUCACAGCCAAGAUCUCUCAUCUCAUCCUGUUAUACAAGUCCGACCUAAAGAUUCAUCUCAGUCUGUUAUACAAAAUAAGGAAAAGCGAUUUUCAUGUCCAGAAUGUGGGAAAUGUUUUCCUUUUAAAUCAUAUCUUGUUAGACAUCAAAUUACACACACAGGGGAGAAGCCAUUGUCAUGUUCUGAAUGCGGGAAAUGUUUUACUUGGAAAUGCUCUUUUGUUAAACAUCAGAAAACUCACACAGGAGAUAAGUUAAUUUCAUGUUCAGAAUGUGGGAAAUGUUUUACUGAUAAAUCAUCUCUUGUUCAUCAUCAAAGAACUCACACAGGAGAGAAGCCAUUUUCAUGUGCAGAAUGUGGAAAAUGUUUUACUCAGAAAUCAUAUCUUGUUCGACAUCAAAGCAUUCAUAGAGGAGAGAAGCCAUUUUCAUGUUCAGAAUGUGGGAAAUGUUUUACUGAUAAAUCAUCUCUUGUUUAUCAUCAAAGAACUCACACAGGAGAGAAGCCAUUUUCAUGUUCAGAAUGUGGGAAAUGUUUUACUCAGAAAUCAUAUCUUGUUCGACAUCAAAGCAUUCAUAGAGGAGAGAAGCCAUUUUCAUGUUCAGAAUGUGGGAAAUGUUUUACUCAGAAAUCAUAUCUUGUUCGACAUCAAAGCAUUCACAGAGGAGAGAAGCCAUUCUCAUGUUCAGAAUGUGGGAAAUGUUUUAGUCAGAAUUCAGUUCUUGUUGAACAUCAAAGAAUUCACACAGGUGAGAAGCCAUUUUCAUGUUCAGAAUGUGGAAAAUGUUUUUCCCAUAGAUCACUGCUUGUUUUACAUAAAAAACGUCACAUGGCAGACAAGCCGUUUUCAUGUUCAGAAUGUGGGAAAUAUUUUACUCGGAAACAAGAUCUUGUUAUACAUCAAUUAACUCACACAGGAGAGAAGCCUUUUUCAUGUUCAGAAUGUGGCAAAUGUUUUACUCAGAAAUCAAUACUAAUCCUACAUCAAAGAAUUCACACAGGAGAGAAGCCAUUUUUCUGUUCUGAAUGUGGGAAAGGUUUCGCUCAGAAAUCAAAUCUUAUCAGACAUCUAAGAAUUCACACAGGAGAGAGAACAAUUCAGAGCAAUAAAUGAUGCAGAUAACACAUCUAUAUAUUAACCAUGUACAUAGGAUAUCUGACAUUUAUACAUAUAUCAUAUACUGCAUCUCCAAACUUGUU